CCCACUGCCCGCGCCCUUUCGGAAGCUUCGUGCCCUGGCCCGGCUCGUUCUCCGAGGGGCUCGGGGGGGCCAGAGCUGCCUGCAUGACACUCCGGCGGGGAGAGAAGACCACCAUCAGCAUUCAGGAGCAUAUGGCCAUUGACGUGUGCCCAGGUCCCAUCAAGCCCAUCAAACAAAUCUCCGACUACUUCCCCCGCUUCCCCCGGGGGAUCCCGACGGCAGUCAGCCGGACGGACUCCUUGCAGGCCGGGGGCAGCCAAGCCUCGGUCAGCCCCUCCGACCCCCCCAGGGACGACGAAGAGGAUGUGGACCAGCUGUUCGGUGCCUACGGCCCCAGCCCCACCCGCCAGCGGCAGCCCCCGCCCCAACCCCAACCCCAGCCCCAGCCCGGUGGCAGCGGCGGUAGCGGCGGAGGCAAGCCGGAGGAAGACAUAGACGGGGAGGGCUACGAGUCGGACGACUGCACUGCCUUGGGGACCUUAGACUUCAGUUUGCUCUACGACCAGGAAAACAAUGCCCUUCACUGCACCAUCAGUAAAGCCAAGGGACUGAAGCCAAUGGACCAUAAUGGGCUGGCAGAUCCAUACGUCAAACUGCAUUUACUCCCAGGAGCAAGUAAGGCAAAUAAACUCAGAACAAAAACUCUUCGGAAUACCCUAAACCCCACCUGGAAUGAGACCCUCACCUACUACGGAAUCACAGAUGAAGAUAUGAUCCGGAAGACGCUAAGGAUUUCCGUCUGUGACGAGGACAAAUUCCGCCACAAUGAGUUCAUCGGGGAGACUCGGAUCCCCCUGAAAAAACUGAAGCCCAACCAAACCAAGACCUUCAGCAUCUGUCUGGAGAAACAGCUGCCGGUGGAUAAGACGGAAGACAAGUCCCUGGAAGAGCGAGGGCGGAUCCUGAUAUCCCUGAAGUACAGCUCCCAGAAGCAGGGUCUGUUGGUGGGCAUCGUGAGGUGUGCACAUCUGGCAGCCAUGGAUGCCAACGGAUACUCCGACCCCUACGUGAAGAUAUACCUGAAACCUGACGUGGACAAGAAAUCCAAACACAAGACAGCUGUGAAGAAGAAAACCCUGAAUCCAGAAUUCAAUGAGGAGUUCUGCUAUGAAAUAAAGCAUGGAGACCUGGCUAAGAAGACCCUGGAGAUCACUGUCUGGGAUUAUGAUAUCGGCAAAUCAAAUGAUUUCAUCGGAGGAGUUGUGUUGGGUAUCAACGCCAAGGGCGAACGCCUGAAGCACUGGUUCGACUGCCUAAAAAACAAGGACAAGAAGAUUGAGCGCUGGCACACACUGACCAAUGAGCUGCCCGGAGCUGUCCUCAGUGACUGACCUCUGCUCCCCACCCCCCACGCCAGCCACAAUUCAGGGUCUGAGCUUCAUGUUUACUCAGCAGCUUCAAAAGGCUCCUGCACCGCCACAUACACGGAAACACCACCUCGUCUGUCCACUCUGGGCGCUGGCAAGUGCCAGGCUGGGCCCAGAGCAUCCAGGCGCCAAGAGCCGGAUGCCCCCCAGCUGAAAGCCUGUGGCGGGGCCAGGCCCAUCCGCUUCUGGUCCCUGUGCCCCCUUCCUCUCUCUCUGUCUCCAAAGGGCCCACGGGGCCUGGGGGAGUGGAGGGGGGAGCAUGCCUGCUUCCUGCCCUGACCCCACUUGGCUCCGUAUCAGGAAGGCAGGAAUAGGCCCAGGACUGAGCCACGCAUAAAGCCAGAGUAGGUUGACCAUCAAGCCGGGAGAGUGCCGAGCUAAGGGCUGGAGUCAGGUGCCCAGGACUAAUACCGGAGCAGUAAAUGAGGCUGGGCGGGAGGCUGUAGAAAGGGACAGGCUGGGAUUCCAGGUCACAAUGACCCAGUGAUGCUGGGACUUUCCUCCCUGACAUUCCCGGAAGGGGAGUGAAAACGAGCCUGGGAUCCAGCAGCUGGUCUGAGAUUCCAGGAGGCCGUUCAGCACAUAGGAGAGAUCUCUGCUCCUGAGUCUACCGGCCCACCUGGCAGAAGGCAGAGCUCUACCUUAGCCAGACGCUCUGCAGUGGGGCAAAGGUCUUCCAGGAGGAAUCGAGUGGGCAGUGACACCUGGUGGCCACAGGCCCACAGGGCACCCCAGAGAGACCAGAAGGGAAAAGGCAAACCAAAUCACCCAAACACACCCGUCUUCCAACCGAUCCUGUAAGAGGCCGAAUCCUCCCCUGCCACAGGACCAGCUCCUCUCCCGGUGGCUGCUAACUAAGGCAGGUGGGCUGGAAGGGGGUCAGGCAGCUAAGUUUCUUCCUCCUCUCCCCCUUCCUCAGGGCAAUGCUGUCGCUGUAUCAUUGUCUCCCAUUUUACAUUUGAAGAAACUGAGGCUCUCAGGUUUGCCCGGGGUCUGAGGCGGGAUUUAAUCCCAUAUUUCCUUGCUCUAAGUCCCAGGCUCCAGCCACCGGGCCACACUGUCUCUCCUCCACGAGAUGCUCAGCGUUGAGUGCUAGGGGAUAUAGAGGUAUGCGUUUCUUCCGUGGGCAGUCACUGAGACCUGAGCCUGGCCUGACCCAGCAGGGCACAAGGGAGUGUCUCCUCACUCCUCCCUGAAUAGUCAAGUGUCUGAUCGCCAAGGAAUAAAUAACACGGCUGAACUGCUGCUGAAUGGCAGGAUCUAGAGGCAGCAGGGCCCUCAGGCACCAUCCACACCACGACACGGAGGAAACUGAGGCCGAGAGAAGUGAAGAGGCUUGCCAGGUCACCCGGGGAAUACGCGGCAGCAGAGCCCAAGUGGCAACCCAGGACUGCUUCCACUGAAUCACAUGUCUUUAAUAGACAGACAGAUAGAAAAGGACACAUGACUACGGGUCUAGAUGGAAUGAUGCGGUGGUUUUUGAGUCAUUCUAGUUGUGUCUAAUUCUUUGUGACCCCAUUUGGGGUUUUCUUAGCAAAGACACUGGAGUAGUCUGCAGCUCAUUUUA